AUGGCGGAUGGGCAGCGUCAGCAAGCCGCACCGACGACAUCACAGACGACGACGCAGACUACUGCGGAGCCGGAGCGGCGGACAGAGACGCCGAGGACGCUGCGGCUGAGGGGUGCCAGCCACGCCGACGAGAGGUCGGUGCAGUGGGCCGAGGACGUGGUGGACAACGAGGGUCUUGGGCGCAAGAGCUCCAAAGUUUGCUGCAUAUACCACAAGCCCAAGGCCGUGGACGAGUCAAGCGACGAGUCGUCGUCUGGCUCCUCAUCGUCCGACUCGGACUCGGACUCGGAGGCCGACAAGGGCAAGGGAGACGGCGACAAGAAGGUGCCCGCGUGUGGCCACUCGCACCAUGGCCGCGGCCGGGGACGCGGAAAGAAACGGGAAGAGAAACAGAGGCGGCCGCCGAGUCCGAACGCGUACGAAAAAGUGCCCAAACCGAAACCAAAGAACGAGGCUGGGACGUCCAGCUCUUAA